GGAAAUACUGUUCAUAAUUAUGCGAGGCAUACAGUCUAUGGUGCGAGGUGAAUGAAUGGUGCUGUGUUAGCGUGUACGUAAGAGUAGAAUUGAGGUUUUGACAAUAUAAGUCAUCCUAACAGAAGACAAACGAAGUAAUAGUGCCAGGCUGUUUGUGCAGUAAUGAUUGAACCCAAGAAACGUGCUGCCGAUAUGGCAGUGGUCCCAGCUGCUGUGAAGAGGCCGCGCAACGAGCUUGUAGCCGCCGUGCAGUCCCAACAACUCAUGCCUACGGGACCUCCGCGCUGUUCCAGCCUCGAGGCUCCGAUCAUGCUACUCUCUGGGCAUGAUGGGGAGAUUUACGGCUGCAAAUUUCACCCCAAUGGAGCCACACUAGCCUCGGCCGGCUAUGACCGCCUCAUCUUGAUGUGGAACGUGUAUGGAGACUGCGAGAACUACGCGACGCUAAAGGGACACAGUGGAGCAGUUAUGGAACUUCAGUACAACACAGACGGGAGUCUGCUGUUCUCCGCCAGCACCGAUAAGACGGUGUGUAUCUGGGACGCAGAGACAGGUGAGCGUGUGAAACGUCUGAAAGGCCAUACCUCCUUCGUUAACUCUUGUUACCCUGCCCGCCGUGGCCCUCAGCUUGUGUGCACGGGAAGCGACGAUGGCACCGUGAAGUUGUGGGACAUCCGAAAGAAGGCAUCAGUUCACACUUUUCAGAACACCUACCAGGUGCUCAGCGUCACCUUCAACGACACCAGCGACCAGAUCAUGUCCGGAGGCAUUGAUAAUGACAUUAAGGUUUGGGACCUGAGACAAAAUAAGUUGAUAUACAGCAUGCAAGGUCACGGGGACUCCGUUACAGGACUCUGUCUUAGCGCAGAGGGAUCCUACCUGCUCUCCAACUCCAUGGACAACACCGUGCGGGUAUGGGAUGUCCGGCCAUUUGCUCCGAAGGAGAGGUGUGUGAAGGUCUUCCAAGGGAAUGUUCACAACUUUGAAAAGAACCUUCUGCGUUGCUCCUGGUCUCCGGAUGGCAGUAAGAUUGCUGCUGGCUCCGCUGACAGGUUUGUGUAUGUCUGGGACAUCACGUCCCGCAGGAUUCUCUACAAACUUCCGGGUCAUGCUGGGUCAGUCAAUGAGGUCAGCUUUCACCCUGAGGAGCCUAUUGUGCUGUCUUGCUCCAGUGACAAACGACUGUACAUGGGAGAGAUCCAGUGAGACUGAUGACAUGUCUUUGCAAAAUGGAGGGACAGCCGUUGAAGGACAUUUGGCGAUGUGUUCAGUAGACCUGUGUGUGUUUUUGUAUACGUGUGUGUGUACGUAUGUGUGUACGCAAUGCCAUGUGUGUAUAUGAGAGAAUGGAAGACGCUUGACUUUUACAUAAGCAAUCUCAGCUUUUCUUUUAUAAAAGUCUUGUAAACUUGGAUGUUUUUGACAUCUUUGAAUAAACUUGCUAAGGAAAUACCAA